AUUGUGUAGCGGAUAUGACCAGCAAAGGUUAAUUGGGCAGGUGAGCAGGUGAGGAACUCGAGAAGGAGGCGGCUGGCUGCGGGAAAAUUUGAUCCUCCGUCAGGUUGGAGACUCCAGCAUCCGUCGGCGCAUCCACCCCGCUGUAUAUAUAAGACUGAGGCAGCAGCCAGCGGCCACCACAAAGCCUUAUCUGCUGCUGCUCUGGACCUGGGCGGAGAGAGGAAACCGAGCCAACUGCGGACCAACAUGUCGCUCACCUCCAUCCUUUCAGCGGAGGCCAUUGAAAAUGCAGUCAAGGACUGUCAAGCUCCGGACUCAUUCUGCUACAAGAAGUUCUUCCAGUUGUGCGGCCUGUCCUCAAAGACACCCAAGGAGGUCAAAGAUGUCUUCCAGAUCCUCGAUGAGGACAACAGCGGCUACAUCGAGGAGUCUGAGCUUAAGUACUUCCUGCAGCGGUUUGUCCCCGGGGCGCGGACACUGACUGAGGCAGAAACCAAGAGCUUCAUCUCAGCAGCUGAUGAUGACAGCGAUGGCAGAAUUGGAGCAGAGGAAUUCCAGACUAUGGUCCUGUCCUGAGUUUGGCAGAUAAAGAGAGCUCAAGUCCUUAGGUCUUAACUCACCUCCCCACCUCUGGAGACUUAUGAUCCCAGCUUCCAUUCCCAGGGAUUUUCUUUUCUUUUCUAUUCAGUUCUGUGUGCGUUAAUUGCUUUUACAUAACCAAUUGUCCAUUUAGAAACAACAGACUUUUAAUUUGUCUUUCCACUGUGUUGGUCCAUGUUUUUUUGUCUGUGCACACCCCACCUCGAACAAUGAAUGAGAUAAAUA